AGUUCUGCUCCACUGGUGUCUGCUAAUCCACAUCAUACUGGCAACAGCGAAGAGUGCUGCAGGGCACUUCCAUCCAAGCUUUCCACGAAGACCAAAACAGACGUUGGAGCAAACAGUUUGAAUGAGUCCAGAUAUGGCUUGCCACUCCCGGACCACAGCUCAGCUGGGUGGAUUCGUUCUCUCCCUCUUUGGGUGGGUCUCCUCGUGCGUUACAACCUUCAUUCCUCUCUGGAAGAGCCUCAACUUGGAACUGAGCGUGUUUGAAAACUGGAAUGUGGGGCUUUGGCAUGCCUGCAUCUUUCAAGAGGAAGGCAAAAUGCAGUGCAAAGCUUAUGACUCCAUCCUGGCGCUGCCCUUGGAUAUCCAGGUAUCUCGGAUCAUCAUGGUUACCUCAAACGGACUUGGACUGCUUGCUUUCUCCCUUUCCAUUUGGGGACUGAACUGCCUGAAGACAAGGGCCCAAAAUCAGGGACUGAAAAGGCCCUUUGGAAUAGUUGGAGGAGCUCUCUUCUGUAUUUCGGGAAUAGCAAGCCUUGUGCCAGUCUCCUGGGUGGCCCACACCAUCGUGGAAGAGUUCUGGGAUGAAACCGUCCCACCGAUCGUCUCCAAGUGGGAAUUUGGUGAAGCAUUAUUCCUCGGCUGGUUUGCUGGGUUUUGCCUUAUACUGGGUGGUCUCCUCCUCAUCUGUACAACCUAUUUCCUGGAAGCCCAGAAGCCAUCCAAGCAGUUAGCAGUCUCCUGUAAGCCAAGGAUGCAAAUGGCAAAGCAUUUUCCAUAUUCACCGCCCAAAAAUCCAGAUCUUGUGAUCUGAGGACACCAUCAUGCGCUCCAGGACUUGUAGGGAAUGAGUUGUGACUGUUGGAAUUGUUUUUAUCUGAUGGUUGUACCCUGACUCGUUGU